GCAAAGGGAGGGGGCACUGGCUGCUGUGGCCUCCCCUGACCCCCUCCCCUCGCUGCUGGGGUCCUCGGUCAAGCCCCCUUCUCACUGGACUGUUUUUUGGUUGGGGGUGGGGUAGCCUUUGCCUACAGAGACAUGAGGCUGAGCUGGAUCCUGACAAUACUGUCCAUUUGCCUGAGUGCCCUGGCUACAGCCACGGGGGCCGAAGGCAAACGGAAGCUGCAGAUUGGAGUGAAGAAACGUGUGGACCACUGUCCCAUCAAGUCUAGAAAGGGAGAUGUCUUACACAUGCACUACACGGGAAAGCUAGAAGAUGGGACGGAGUUUGACAGCAGCCUACCGCAGAACCAGCCCUUUGUUUUCUCCCUUGGCACUGGCCAGGUUAUCAAGGGCUGGGACCAGGGGCUGCUGGGGAUGUGUGAAGGGGAAAAGCGGAAGCUGGUGAUCCCAUCCGAGCUGGGAUAUGGAGAGCGGGGAGCCCCCCCAAAGAUCCCAGGUGGAGCAACCCUGGUGUUUGAGGUGGAGCUGCUCAAGAUUGAGAGACGUUCAGAACUGUAGCAGGCUGCAGAGGGCUAGGAGGCCCCCCCCCCCAAUCAGGGACCAGAACUGUAGCAGGCUGCAGAGGGCUAGGAGGCCCCCAUCAGGGACCAGACUGUUUAAAAAACAAAACAAAAAAACCUUUAAAACCCCAAGA